UGCUCCUCGUGCACGUCGGAACUCACGCGCCGUCACAACAUUCCUCCGAGGGACAAAGUGAAACCGGAACCCCUCGAAUGAUGGAUCGAUCACCGGAACAUGUCCAGUCGGACCUGAAGAAGGGAAUGUCCAUCUUCAUUGAUAUUGUACGGCGAGCAGAUAAAAAUGACGAUGGCAAGCUGACUCUGGAAGAGUUCAGGUCUUAUUUCUCUGACGGAGUCCUGACGCCAGACGAGCUCAAUCAGCUUUUCCACGCCAUCGACACGCACGACACAGACAACGUGGACACUGAUGAGCUGUGUGAGUAUUUCUCGCAGCACCUCGGGGAGUACAAGAACGUUCUGGCCGCCUUGGAGGAACUCAACGCGUCCAUCCUGAGAGCCAUGGACAAGACCAAGAAGGAGUACCAGGAGUCCACCCACCUGGAGCAGUUUGUCACCCGCUUCCUGCUGAAGGAGACCACCAAUCAGCUCCACUCCCUCCAGAGCUCGCUGGAGUGCGCCAUGGAAACCACCGCCGAGCAGACUCGCCAGGAGAAACUGGGUCCUACCAAACCAGAGGUGGUGUCCAUCCAGUGGUCAGGACGUCGCUCCAAGCGCAGACCUGACAGGAACUACAGUUUGUCCCCCAACAAAGCCCUCAUGGCUGUCCUCCAUCCAGGGGCUGUGGACCAGGACCACCACUGGACCACUCAAGUCACCAGACUGCAAAAACUCAUCGACCGCCUGGAACAAAAGGAGAUCCGUCUGGAGCCUGUAGAAGAAGAAGUGGUGGAGAGCAAGAUGCACAUGGUGAUGGUGCAGAGGCAGAUGUGUGUGAUGGAGGACCAGGUGGAGGACUUCCGUGUGUCCCUCAAACUUUAUGUGGACACUUCCUGCACUCAGACUGGAUGUCUACACAUGGCGGUGCAGCGGCUGGCCAACGAGUCUCGUUUCAUCCUUUAUGAGUUCUGGGAGCACAACAACAUGUGGAAGAAGCACGUACAGAACAACUACAGUAAAAGUUUCCAAAGAGCCAACGUGGACUUCCUGGAAACUCCAGAGAUUAUUACUACUAUGCUACUUCCUGCGUCUUGGUGGGUUCUCAACAACAACAACUGACCUUGGACAUGACCUUCAGUGUGAAUAUGACCCAUCAUCACUCAUGUCGUCAUGGUGAUGACAUCAUUGUUUAGGCUGCAAGGAUAAACGUCAAAAGUAUUUAUGAAUAUGACGUCAUGCAUCAUACAAGUGUGACUGAAAAGUGAAAUAUUUGACAUUUUUAUGUCGUUUAAUGUAGAAUAAAGAUGAUUAUUUUAUUUAUUUUAUUUUGUUAAAUGUAGAAUAAAGAUGAUUAUUAUUAAAUUCAUUAAUAUUCUCUAAUUUAUUAUGUUGUUAAAUGUAGAAUAAAGACGAAUAUUAUUUAAUUUAUUUUAUGUUGUUUAAUGGAGAAUAAAGAUUGUUAUUAUUUAAUUUUUUUUAUGUUGUUGAAUGUAGAAUAAAGAUGAUUAUUUAAUUUAUUUUUAUAUUGUUAAAUGGAGAAUAAAGAUGAAUAUUAUUUACUUUAUUUUUAUGUUGUUAAGUGUUCAAUAAAGAUAGUUAUAAUUUAUUUUAUGUUGCUAAAUGUAGAAUAAACAUGAUUAUUGAAUUUAUUUUAUGUUGUUCAAUGUAGGAUAAAGAUGAAUUUUAUUUUAUUUAGUUUUAUGCAGUCAUACAUUUUAUUAGUAUUAUUAAAUUCAUUAAUAUUCUCUAAUUUAUUAUGUUGUUAAAUGUAGAAUAAAGAUGAUUAUUAUUAAAUUCAUUAAUAUUCUCUAAUUUAUUAUGUUGUUAAAUGUAGAAUAAAGAUGAUUAUUAUUAAAUUCAUUAAUAUUCUCUAAUUUAUUAUGUUGUUAAAUGUAGAAUAAAGACGAAUAUUAUUUAAUUUAUUUUAUGUUGUUUAAUGGGGAAUAAAGAUUGUUAUUAUUUAAUUUUUUAUGUUGUUG